AUGUUGAGGAUUGAGGACUUGACCUAUCUGAACUGCCCAAUAUCACGUAAGGAAAUUAUAUUGCAAACUAUUAAUGUCCAUAAGUUAUCUUUUUUUGAAAAUAACGAUAGACUGAAAAGCGUUUACUAUGAUAAUUGCUGAAAUCGAGAUGAAAGGCCAACCAUGUAUCGAAAGGCCAGAUGGUUAACAGUCCAAGGUUUGAGCUUGUAAGUACGGUUCGAUACUGUAGUGUAAUGAGUUUGGUACAGUACCGUAUCCUUACUAAGCACAGCCAGCCAGAAUUUUUUUUUUUCAAACUUGGUAUAGUAGAUCCCCUUAGCGGGCCCUACGUCUGAUUGUAGUUACGGUUCAUUGUUGGCCCGAUGCUCGUCAAGCAGGGUUAUUUAUUCAAUGCCCUUGAUAAAUGUGAAUAUCUUGUCACUAUCUUGGCAUAAUAGGGGUGGGGGAGGGGGAAGGGGAGUCCAAACCCGCCUCCCUUAUCGCAUCCCCGCCCCUUUUUUCAUGGUUUCCUCGCUUUAGUCCAGUCUUGAGAUACGAAAUAUCGGUUGCGUAAUUCCCCCUAUUUUACCAGCUUCCCACUAUUUUGGGGCUCCCACCUUCCGUCCUUUCCUCUCCCGCCUCCCGUACCCCUUCGUCCCCUAUUCUCCUGGUCUCCCACCCCCCCUGGUGCUUAUUUACAACUACCCCUUGCGUUCCAAAGGAUUUCCUCAAAAAGACAUGCUUUCUGUGCACCAGGCGGCUUGAGAAAUGCUGCGGUUCUUGAAUCUACUUUUUAUCAUUCUUGGAAAUAAGGGCGCUGAAUUGUCAGUGGUUAAAAAAAUGAAACAAAAAAAAAAAAAAAAGCGAUGAAACACCAAGAGCCAUGGCUCUUGGAAACACUGAUAAGAAAUGCUUGGCAAAAAGGCCAUAAAAAUUUUCAUUAAUUAGAGAAAAAUAAAGCUUCAAAAACAGUAAUGGAUUGAAAGGCACAGCUUUGAUUCCUAUGUGGAGUCAACGCACAUCGAUGCAGUUACUUUGUCCAAUGAAAAACCUUACAAACAAUCUGGAUAAUUUUAAUCGCAUUAUUUAGAUGUCUUUUUUCUUUCAUUUUAAUUUUCGUUACCGCGUUCCCAUGUACUGACUAAGCUCUAUUAAUAUCCAAAGGGGAAAAUGAUGCCAGGCUGGAAUUUCGAACUUGAAAUGUUUAGUCAGCCCCUAAUUUGUCAAAUUCUUUUCAGGCAAAACUUUCGAACCUUUAUAUGAUCCUAAGUUCUGGUUCAGCAGAUUUCAUCGUAAACUGGGGAGAUCAUUUACGUGUCAGCAUUUUUUUAAAAUUUUAAAAUUUUAUUUUCUCGUAAAUAAAAUUAUUUAAAGUAAGUAGGCUUAGUACACUUUGUGUUGACCAGAGUUAACCAAUGUGACCGAUACAUAUUUGCUUUCACUGUUCUUGGCAAGAGUCUUGCACGAAAAGGUCACCUCUCAGACCGUCAAGAAUUUCCGGUUAUCUUCAUUAAAAUUCAAUCAACAUAUAUGAAGUGUACAAAAACCGAAAAAAUACGUGUAAUACCAUCUGGACCGACAAAAGCAUAACAUCAUGAUACGAGAAUUAUUCUCUGCGUAUUCUUUAUGCACUGAUUUUAGUACACUUUAAGUUCUUUCCACGAUGAGUGGCGUUUAACGUUAUCUGUUAUACUGUUACUAUCGUGGUUUUGGUGAGAUAAGAUUGUGCUUUCAGUGCUGUUUUUAAUAAAUUAAAUAAGGUAAUUGUGACAGUGCUAUUAGCUUGCGUGAACGGGUGUUACCCAGAUCGUGACCUUGUCCAGUCAAGAGUUUUGAAUAGCCGGCAAAUAACAGACGAAAAUCUGAACGUCAAAACUUUGGGGGAAAAGAAUUUUAAAACUAAGAUAACAAAUUUUCUUAAAAUCCCUGCAAUUAUUCUCUUACGCUCAUCAAAAGUUCUAAUUAGUUUUAAUUUCCUCUCAACUGGAAAGUAACAUUGCAAAGAUAAGGACUGAUCGUGCAGAUAUGACAAGUUCCCAAGUGUGAUCUUUUCGGAUACGAUCGGUAUCUACCAAUCACAGCCCAUUCCUGAUUGUUUAUUAAGCGAGAGAGGGAAAUUCAAUAAUUUAGAUUGCCAGGCGGACAAACACGAACAACGACACCCUUUGUAUUAACGUGGAAGAUUGCUACAGCGCCGAUUGCAAGGUAACCUUGAACUUAAAAGGAAUCCACUUGAUAGCAUAAAAAACCUGUGUCUUGUAUUUGUAAAAUGUGAUAUUUUCCAAUUUGUUGCUGACGAUACUGUUCUUAACCAUGGGACGUACAGGUUUCCGUUACUCUUUGAAAGUUUUUGGCGGGCUAUUUAGUUGAUACUGGUCUGACAAGGUGAUAGUCUCCUGUAACGAAAGCGUUCGCUCAGGCAGACAACUCGUGUACAAAUGAAAAAUCUGCUGAUAAAAGCUUAAUGAUAUUUGCCUAACGCCUUAAAUUAAACAACCACGCAUUUUUAUUCUACUGAUUACACGGUCAAUAAUUAAUCUCGGUGUUCCCUUGUCGGCGGUCUCACAUUCAAAGUCAUGGAAAUCGAAUAGCUGACAAUAUUUUGUCGCGUUUCACCGCUUUGCGGCAACUUUGAACAGAAACUGGCAAGUAAUGAGGUUUAAAUUUCAAAUAAUUUAUUUCACAUCAAAAUUUAGUAAUAGAGGAAUGGCAUCCAAUAAAUUUAAAACAGUUGAAAAUAAUGACGUUGGGCUAUCUAUGGUUUCUCUCGUUUCAGUAAAGCUUUAUAGGAAGUCGUAAUUCUCCUGGACCGUUUAAACAAAACCAGAGGCUUAAAGAUAUUAUAACCCUUAAAAAUAUCUCCCAAACACUCAAAAAAUAACAAUCUUAAUUUCCACAAAGAAGCUUUUGUCGUAAUUAAAUAUCUGGUAAUCAUACUUCUUGCAACAAAAACACUGAAUUUGAUUACCUUUGUGAUUAAUACAACUAAUAAAACUCUCUUAAUAAUGAAUAAAAAUACCCGUUUUGGCGGCCCGACUUAGCUUUUAAAUUAAAACUACAAGCUAACGAUUUUGGGUUACAACAGUAGUUUAUUCCGGCGACCAUCAUGGCUAAAAUUAAAAUUCAGGUCGAAAAAUCAUGUCUCGCUGUGGUAAGUCGGUUAAGUCUACCAUUUUUAAAAUCUUAAAAGUAAAUUGCUUCUUCUUGCAGAUACAAAAUAACGGCUUAGGAAGCGAUUAAGUAUUUUGAAUGGGCGAAAUUCUCUUGCGGUCCGCGGGAGUCUUUCAUCCCUUUAAAGAGAAAUAUUCUAACUGUUCCGCCCUCUGUUUUUUUAAGUUAUUGACUGUAUUCAUUUAAAAGAUUUUUAUUUUGCUGUGAUCCGUUCUUUAAGUUGUCGUAUACUUAAAAAGCCAACUAGUGGUCUAUUAUCAAUGCUGCGUUCUGAUUGGUUGAGCGACUACUAGGUUAUAUGUUAUAGCCCACUAGUAGAGAAAAGCGCCGGCUUUGAAAACCAAAAUAAUAGCAGCUGAAUCGCGUUUUGCUAGCUAAAGUUGCUUUGUCUCGAUAGUUUUGACCAACUAGUUGGAUUUUACUGAAACAAUUAUUCCUCUCGACCUCAUGGCCUCUGAGUCAAUAGCCCAUGAGGCCGAAGGCCUCAUGGGCUAUUGACUCAGAGAAAAAAAAAAGUAUACCAUUAGCUAUACUAAAUCAGGUUUUAUAAUUUUGUUUCAAAAUCCAAAUGGACGCCACGCGCUUCCAUUUUCGAUUUUCAUAGAGUGCCGAAAUAUCAGUUAAAGCCACGUGGCUAGCUUGCGAAUACAGCUGUCUCAGCGAGCGGGAGAGACGGCUUGUAUUCGCAGGUUACAAUACUAGUCAAAAAUGAAACACUCGUGUGCCGUUUCCAUUUCCAUUCCUCAAUGGUGAUUUGGGUAUCACAGUCGUCUCAUUGUUCCAAAGUAGCGCAACAUUGGGGAAGGAUAGAGUCACACUUCAGUGAGAACAAAGGAGUUGAAGAAUGAAUGUAAGAAAUUUUCAAGAAGAGUCAAGAGAAAUGGGUUGUUUACCAUUCACCAAAAUUGUCCGGGAAAUCCGGCUGGAAAGUGAACGGAACACGACUUUUUGGAUCGCUCCAGCGGAAAAUUUGCGGGAGCAACGAAACAUCUGAAAAGGUAGUCCUGUUUUUGCGGGCGGAAUAUUACAAUCGGAAAUUAGUGUUCCAUUUCUUCAAAGUCAACUUUAAUACCGGUUCAGGCCUUUGCGGUCGUUUUCCGGUAAAUGGAUCUGAUUUGUACAAGUGGUAAACGUGAUUCCGGGACGAAAUUCACCACGGUCGUGAAUUUUGCGUACCAUUUGCCUAUACCGUGGACCGACCGGUUUGCCUAUGUAAAUGGUACACAACCACGGUGUCUGUUUAAAAACUAACGAUUUGUGACUAGUGUUGAAGCCACGUGCCUCUUCCGAUAAGAUAAUUAACUACGACUAAUUCAAUUAACAAUUAACUGGCAACGACUUCCCCUGCGGUACUGUCUUUCAACUUAAGAUCCCGACACGAGCUUUGCAGUCUUACAGUCUUGCAGUUCUUGCAGUCUUGCCUGAUGAAUUCUGUUUCACAAUUCGAUUGAAUUCUAUGUACUCACGGCGGUGAAGUGUCCGGCAAGGCAAUUCUUUUUUAGAAUGAUUCUAUAUUCACUUUCGAUCGUGUUCAAAAAGUCUUUUGUUAUUCCAAUGCUUUCGAGCUGAAGUUCCAGAGUCUGUCCUUGGAUAUUUACGCCUGAUAUUACAAAAACCCCUCGAGAGGUCCUUAUCAUUCAUCAAGAGCUCUUGCUUUCAUCGGCGGUAUUGGAAAGGUCCUCGAUUCUUAUUUGACUACAGAAAAAUUCCUUGAAUAUUUACCAUUUGUUUUUUUAAAGAUUUGGUAGAGUCGGACUAAAGCUGCUUUAUUUUAAAAAAUACCUCAACAUCCUUCUUUCAGUUCCGCAAAGCCACAACCAUCACUUUUAUAAUACAGCAUAUUUAUUUCUUUGAGGUGUUAAAAAAAAUGAAAAUAAACCAGCUGUUGUACAUUAAUUAGAUCAAAAAACCACGAGCCCAUUUUAAAGCUCUUCCGCUUUGCAUUAUGGGAACGACGAUGCUGUAAGGCCAAUUUGCUAUACAUAUGAUUUGAGUUACGGUAAGCAGUCAAAUUCCAGCCAAUUGGAUAUUCGUAAAGAGACAGGAACGAAGAAACAACAAUCAUCAAGAGCUUAUCCUUUCUUGAGAUCAUACAUUGUAAUUACAGCUGCUGAUUGAUAAAUCAUUAUCUUAUAUUCAAUUUACAACACUAGCUGCAAAGGACCACAGACGAAUCUGUCGAAGAACGUAGUAUCUACAAGAAAUCUGAUCAGGAAAAAAAAACCUUGGGAAAAAAAACACAACAACAACAACAACAAAAAAACCACAGAGACACGACAGCAAUAAAACCUUGACAGAACGGUGUUGUAGCCCAAGAAUUCUCUCUUGCAUAGUACGAUCAGCCUAGCAGAUGUACGUGUGUUCAAAUCUUACCUUUACUCGAUUUUUGAACUGUUGCGUGGGAUUCUCAGUGGGUUGGAGUUAUCUACGGUUACGGCUUAAUAUUUUGGCUUCUCUUACGGUAGCCUGCGUAGCAAGCCUUUCCAAUCGAGUUAUUGCGCGAAAGUUAGGGCUAUUCUCACGGCUAACGGUUGAUUUCUCUGCCUUAUGGUUAACAGACUUCAAAUGAAGAAGAAAAAUCAUUUUUUCUAGCUUAACGAAGAAACCGUUGUCUGAUUUUUUUUGUCUAUUGAGUCCUCCUUGUAGGCCUGUAAUUCGUAGGCUGGUCAUUUUGGUCAUGGUUGUUGUUUAUGAUCUUCUAAUAAUUCUAUCAAUAUUGUAGACUCUUGUGUAGAGUAUAUGCAGUUAGAUAAAAGAGAGCUUUACAUUAUACAGCCCCUUCAAGGCUCGUAGAGGUAACGUAGUGAAUGUCAGAGGUGUAGACCUUUUUUUAAUUUGUACAAUAUGCUUUGUUUUCGCCACUAAAAUGCUCCAUAUUUCUACUAAAAUGCUCGGUCUACCCCCAAAAUCACUAAAAUGCUCGAUAAUGCUCAUCAUACAGAAGCUUUUUCUUAUUUAUUUCAACGUGAAAAAAAAAACACGAUUAAGCUGUAUUCGAAAAGCAACAAUGUAUUCAUGGUUUUAAUACAGAAAAAUAAAAUAGUCCUCUGUAAACGGCUGUUUUAGGGUGGCAUUCGAAUUUUGUUUUCGGAAUUUCAACGUUAAGUGUUUGUUUUUUCUUAAUUUUUUUUGUUUUUAUUUUGUCCGAAAAAUAUAAUAAUUUUCCGGAAAAUUCCACUAAAAUGCUCAAAUAAUGCUUAAUGCUGUUGCCUCACUAAACUGCUCGAAAAAAUGCGAGCAUAUUAAAUGUACCGAAGUCUAAAGAGGUGCACUGGGUGUGAGUUAAUUUUUUGCCUGAAAGCAAAGUUCUCAGGCUCAGUGGCCUUUGCAUCAUCCAUGAGCAUAUUUCUAUCAAGUAUUUUGCUUGGUUUUGCUCAUCUGUUCUUAUGCUCAUCUUGUUCCCCAUAAUCAAGUAAAUAUAAUGCCACAGUGACCGAUCGGGUAAAGAGAACUUGGAACUUACAAAGGUGAUCGAACGAUAAGAAUAUACUCACUGAAAGAAACGAUGCAUUUAGCGUACAAGUAGACUCUCCUAGGCACUUGGAAAUAACAUUUGAUUCCAACUUAACGUGAAAAAACCACAUAAUCGAGGUUUGUUUGAAAUCAUCAAAAUCAGUGAAUGGGUACCUUGUAUAAAGGGGAACAAGUUGUCAAAAGCCAUACUUUUGUUAUCGGUUAUUACACUCCGUAUCUAUUAAUUAAGUCUCUUAUGGUGUUCAUGUUUAGGGUUAAACUUUUCCCUCAUUGGGCUUACACCAUUAUUUGUUAUAUGGAAAAGUGAAUCAGAAUAUAUCUUCUCGGAACCCAAAUCCCAUUCAAUUCGGCGGAGUCUUCUUUACAAAUCCCUCAACCUACUUGUCCCCAAUGAUAUUAUUCACAGGUUCAUCCCUAUUAAGACAUUUUUGAUCUUGGAAAGACAGAGGCAGCGAUUAAAACAGGCGGGUCAUGAACGUCUUUGGAUCAAAGUCUCGCGUUUCAGUAUGAUCCCCUCGGCCCUCGCCGCGCUUUCGAUACAGUUUGAUAAUAUACACUUAAUGUCAGAUCCCGAGGGAAACAGUUAGUUUUGUUUUCCCAAGAGUCCUGAUGUUUCCCGAGACGAAGUCGAGGGAAACAUCGGGACUCGAGGGAAAACAAAACUAACUGGUUUCCCGAGGGACCUGACAUUAAGUGUUUUGUUAUAUUUCUAGACUUUCACUUCAACAGCAACGAGAGAAUAACCGGAGCGAACCAAAACAGUCGACUCGGUACUUAUAGCAACACAAAUUUAAUUCUCAAAACCGCUGAAUGAAUGAUUUACAAAGUACCUUCCCUACAUUAUCUGCAUCAUUUUCCUCCACUAGCUGCUGUUUUUCUUCUGGGAACUUCUUGGAUAACUUUUUAAAUCGUUGCUUUUUAGCUUGAGGCUUCGUGUUUGUGUUGUUUUGUUCAUUCACGAAAAAGAAAACUGACAGGACCUGGCAGUAUUUUUCCCGCCUUUUGUCACGCCACUUUCCACCAUGCUUUGAUCACGUGCUGCAAUGUAUCCCGAGCGGGGUACAUUGCUUAAUGUAUCACGAUCGGGAUACAUUUGAUUUUAGUCAAGGCCAUGUGACCAAGAAUCAACCAAUGGCAGUCCCUGUUUAGUUGAGUGAAAGUCUAGGAAUAUAACAAUGGCGUUUACCAUAAUUUUCGAUACCAUGAAUUCUUCAGUAUUUUUUCCUAAUGUGGCUUCGUGUUCAUUGUCAAGAGAGGAUAAAGAUAAAAGAUAUACUGUUUCAUAAAAAUACUGAGAAAUAGAUCCUUUAAAAUGGUCACGACACAGAAACUUAGAAUUACCCGAAGCUUCUGAGAAAUAUAAGAAACAGAUAGAAUACUUAUCAUAUCAUUACACUACACUUAUCUAGAGGUUCGAUUCCCAGGGGCCGGAAAAUAUGCCUUUCUGCUUGUUGAAUUUCAAGAGGUUAGUAACAGUUGUUAGUGAUAGAGGAUAGGAGGACGUUCUUUCGAAGCUUAGAAUUGCAUAUUUUCUACUUAAAUUGUUUGUCUGGCCUUUUUGUUUAGACAGUAAAACAGUGGUUUAAAGGAUAAUGAAAAUCCAUUUUUGAUCAUUGAUUUUUUUUUUUGAGGAAGUGGAGACGCGUUUUGAACUAUAACGAAAUAUAUAUGAUUUUUUUCAUUUAUAAUUCAUUCCCUUCGCUAUUUCCAGAGUAAUGAAUGGAAAGCCCUGAUUCCAUGCCAUUUUAAACCGUUCAUAAAUGUACUAAACGAAACAAAACUCCAGAGUAACUGAAAUGACCGUUUUGCAGCAGAAGUCAAAGGUCUUAAAUCAAAUCUUGAUCAAUCUUGUUUCAAGAAAGUUUCAAGCCAACUGGUCCAUUGUGUUUUUCCUGUAACAACAACUGGUCAACGUACAGCACAGGUACAUUCGCGUAGGCCUUAGGCAGCGACAUAACCAUAUCACAAAGAAACGGUCCGCUUGCUUGCUUUCUUGAUCGACUACAGGCAGCCCAAGCUCACAUGAGAGUUUGAUCGUCUCGUAUUGCAUAAUCCUUAACAUGGCCGUGAAUAUAAAAGGAUUUGUAAGGAAAUUCAGGUAAAAGAUUCAAGAAGAUAGAGCCAAGCUAGAAUUUUCGGUAAAAUACACCUUACCCUAUUUACUUUGCUUGUUUUUGCUUGCCGUGUGGUUAUUUUCCUGAUCAAUUGCGAUUUAAGCGAUUUCCUUUCACCCCGAGUUUCCAUCGACCUCACAAGACCAGCUAAUCUGUGCAGACCACGUGAAAAACUUUCCUACGGGACAGGGAGCCGGGAGAUUUGAGACCAUGGACUCAGGCUAUUAUUUUAAUGGCAGCUACAAUUUAUUAAAGACGCACCUGGAUUGGGAGCUACCGUUUUAACUUUUCUAAUUUCAGGGGCACCCAACGAGAAUAUAGUUCAAAACCACUUAAACAUAGCAUUGUUAAACGUAUUUUGGUAUUUAAACGGUAGAUAUAGGCAUAUUUUUAUCCCCUAAAAAUUUUUCAUCUGUUCGGAUUUCCUAGCUGAAAGUCUAGUGAUCCGAAAAUUAUAGGGAUCAAAACUUACCUUUUCGAAAAUUUCAGCCAGAAAAAAGGCUCCCGAAAAUUCUAGGUGACCUUUUUAGGGUAAAAAUCCGUUGAAAAUAGGCAAUUAUACCAUUUUUUAGAUGUUCGAAAAUGCUAGGAGAAGCAGGCAAGCAAGAAAUUUUACAACAAAUGUUCCGAAAAUUCUAGAUCUCAAAUCGUCUUCCGAACAGUUAUUUUUCUGAAAAUUGUCGUUGGGUGCCCCUGUAAUUUGAGGUCAUGUCGUUAUCGAAACCCUAAAGUCUCAGUGUUCACAUGUUAUUCUCCAGACUGAUCUAUAUACAUUUCCUUAAAGAAUUGGUUGAGAGAAUUUAACUAAAUGAUCAAAGCAUUUUCUCUUUGGUGAUCACUUCUUUUAAUUCUCAUAACCUCUUCUCUAUAUGAUGUAAUGAUAUUGUAAGGAGAAAAUAUAUGUUUGUCACAUCUGAGAUCUGAGGUUAAACGUUUUAUCACCAACAGGUUGCAGUGCAUGCUAUUGCAUGUGCAUCUAGUCACACCUCUGUGUAACAUCAAUGUGGCACGUGUUGUUAUUUUUUUCCGUUGUUAUUUCAUGAUUUUUUUUAAAAUUUCACUUGACUAUUUGGUAAGUUUUGGGUACUAUCGUGUAAGACACACCUGAAAGCAUACAAGUUGUUUGCUUAUGAGGUGACCUUUUGCGAUAUUUUUCUCCCAGUUGCAUCGUUUUAUCCUGUGAAGAUGUUGCAAACACCUCUACAUGUUUAUGUGCUGUUGUUGAUGAGUCUACUUAUCACCGAUGGAGUUAACGGAAUUCGCUUCCUCAAAGGCGCCUCAAAUCAGUUUAGAAAGCGAAAGUCUAUUGAUAGGGAGCCUGACAAUUCAUUGGCGUGGGUAAGUCAAAGUUAUAUUUCAUUAAUUAAUAUAACUAACGUACUUACUCAUACUUAAAUCUUGAGUAGCGUGCUCUUGGGAUUAUUAAACGCUUCAGAUAAACUAGUUUGUUCAGCUUGUGCACUUUUGCUGCGAUAUUCCAGGCUUAGACCAAAAUCUCACUACCGGAAACGAGAUGACUGUAUCUUCAACCACGGUUCCCUACCACUCUCGUUCUCAAAGGGUGAACUUUGAUGUUGGUUUAAAGCAGCCUAUAGAGUAUUCUUGAAUUUAUUUAACUUCAACGCUAACCAUAAAAUGAAAGUAAUUAACUAAAUAUAAGAUUGGCUUAAAAGAGAGGAAAAUUGAUAACUAAGGGUUAACAGACAUUGACAUCUAUGAAUAAUGACGGCGGAAAGUCUCGCAAACCAGUAUAAGAAGCGGCACGAUAGGGCAUGUUCUCAACCCGCCUUAGCUAUUGCAUUUCAAACUUUACGACUUUCGAGUGGAAAGGGCGUCACUAAAAUAAGCAUAUUAAACUAUAAGAGAACAUUUUUUAUAGAGUUUGCUCAAAGGCAUCCCGCAAAAUAAACGUUUCUAUGACGUGAUUGCUCUGGAAGGUUUUUUCAGAUACAGUAAGAGCGCACCAAACAGUAACACUGAUACCUAACCGUUAGGCGAAGCGUUCAACUGUUUAACCGUCUUGUAGAUUUUGAAUACGUUAUGGCCUUGUAUUAUUGGUCAGAGUGCAAACACGAUUGAAUGAAGGGGCUUGACAUAGUGUCGCUUCCUAAGGUUAAGACAGGCGGGAUUCAGGCUUUACCCUGUGAUACGAGAGCAGUGCUCAGAGCUAUGAAGCUUACUGUGAGCUGCUCACUUUACGAAUUCGUAAUAUGACGUGAAGGAUGAAGACGUGAAAGUGAAAUUAUAAACUUUCAUAUCUAUUUAUACAUUUGAAUUGAGAGGGGAAAACUGAACACGUGAAAGAUCAUCGCACUUUGUGCGCAACCAUAAACUCAUGAGUGAAUGACUCGAACACAUUAGUAAAGACCGCCAUAUAUUCUUUCACGUGUUAAAUCUUUUACCCGCAAUUCAUAUAUAUGAAAUUUCAAAUAUUGAAGCCAUAUCCACACGAAUCCAGACAUUUUUGAAACCGCAUAUUUUGCCUUAAACUGCUCUGGAGAGCGGUUUCAAAACAAUGAUGUUUCCGGCGGUGACCGGCUUCACUGGCUUCGCGUGAACUGAAGGCCGAUUCGUGUAAAAAAAGUAUGGGGUUUCAAAAAUAUCCGAAUUCUUGUGGGCGUAAUCUUAUAUUAAAGUCUAGCUGCGGUUACACUUUUCCUUAGAGCUUCCCUUUGGGAAAUAGCUUGAGUUGGCCGCUAGCUCAUUGUGGGUUUUAAUCAAUUCUAAGGGGAGGGUGCACCAGUCAAUUGCGCCAUUUCUUAGUGGUGUACCCUCUCCUUAGAAAAAUCCUGGAUCCCCCCCCCCCCCCCCCAUGCGGUUUCACUUGUCCCUAGAGGUUCCCUUUGGGGAAUAGCCUGAGUUUGCCGGUUGCUAUUUUUGGGUUUUAAUCAAUUCUAAUGGGCGGGGCCACCAAUCAAUUUCCCCAUUUCUUAGUUGGGUUCCCUCUCCUUAAAAAAAUCCUGGAUCCCCCCCCCCCCUGAUUUCAUAGUUAUAUUCCAAGGUUAUACGCAUAUAAAUUGCCCUUGGGCCCGAUUUGGCGGUGAACGUCCUUCUAAACUUGCAGGAAAAAGGACUGGUGUAAAUCGUUUAACGUUUUCGUUUUCCAAUCCUACCCUUCUGACUGACUCCGCAUAAAUAAACUUUAGCGAAAGUGAUUCAGCACUUAUUUGUCAGUUUUCUUCACUAAUCCUCCAGACAGAGUGCUUGUAGCUUUCUUUAUCAUAACACGUCACCUUUUUCCCCCCAGCCAAAUUUUGCAGAACAACUUCCUAAGGACUGAACACCCGCCCCCAAUCUCUCGGUUUUAUCACAAUAAGCUGUGCCAAACAGAGUCAAAUUUUGUUGAAGCGCAGUUUUCUUGUCUAGAAACAUAUAACUGUAACUUAUAAAAUGUUCUUGAACCUUUACUCUGAGAUCCAGUUAUGAUAACACAAAAUGACACUCUAAAAAAUCUAGAGAAAUCUGAAUGCAACUGUGGAUUUAAAUUUUAUCCUGGAUUAGCGCUAAAAUCGGCCUUUCAGAAAAGGGGGAAUAAGAUCUGUCACUAAUUGCAAAAGAAGCUUUCUUACCUCUAGACAGUUAGAUUAAACCCUUAAAUGAUUAUAUAAACUAAGCACAAGAACACCUCAAAGUGGGUUUCACCGCAUAGGCCACUCUUUCCUUUAAUAUGAAAACGAAACUCUGACUACCGUAUUUAUUCGAUUAACCUCCCUGGGCGCUUAUUAAAUUUUUGGACCUUGAGAGUGGGCGCUUAUUCGAAGUGAGCACUUAUUCGAGGCUGGGCGCUUCUUAAAUUUUCACCAUUUUCAGCAAGUGUAGUAUGUUUAUUUUGCAACAAAACAAUAAAUGCUAAUAACAAAACGCAAAGAAGUAACAAAUCAAGGUUUCUGUAAAAUACUCUGAAGAAAACUCCGACCUCGGGGAGGUCUCCUAUUAGAAAGCUUUAGAUCCGAGUUUACCGUGAACCUCUAACCGCGAUUUACGGUUACCCGUUUGCGGUUCGACGUUCAAACAUAAUUCGAUUUAGAUUGGCGGUGGAUUAAAGAAGUGGAUUCUGGUUUAUUUUUCCAUUUAGAAAUAGAAGAAAAAUCAGCCGGUGAAAAUAAAAUAAAUUUACGGUAACACUGGGUUAUCUAGCAGCAAAGAGCUGUAAUUUUUUACAUGAGUUCUUCUUGCAAUUUUACGGCCGCCAUUUUGAAUCACCAGCCAUGAAUGACACUUGUUUUUAAGAUCCAAUAGGAUUUAUCAAAUUUAGCAUUUCGCCCGAAUUUGUGCCUCUGUUAAUGGAUAAAGACUUGCUCCACAAGAUUUUUGUAUCAUUACGUGGGAUAAAACAAGAAUUAUACGCUAAAACCUUUCAGAUAAAUGACAUACGUGAAAACGCACGGCGUAAACCUCAAACGUGACGCGAAAGACUUGUCACGUGACCUCCAGCGGUUAGAGGUUCGCGGCAAACUCGGAUCUAAAACUCUCCAGUAAUUAGUCCUUAUUCAAUUUCAAUUUCAAUCUCAUUGUCACUUAAGUGGGUGGGGUGGAGGUGGGCGCUUAUUUGAGUUUGAUUGGGAGGAGGGGUUGGGCGUGGGGGUGGGCGCUUAUUCGAGGCUGGGCGCUUAUUAAAUUUUUCUGCCGUUAGGAUGGGCGCUUAUUCGAGGUGGGCGCUAAUUCGAGGUUGAGCGCUUAUUCGAAUAAAUACGGUAAACUGGAGGCGGAUUGCUUCUUUGAUUGAUUAUAUCAUUCAAUCAAUCAAUCUUUCAUUUGCCACUUAAUUACAACUGUAUUACAUCUAUAACAUAAUCUAUUAGCAGGAGAUGUCUGCAAGCUCAGCUGAGCUUUUCCGGGGAGGUCCCCUUUAAUUUAUGCAUUACAAACAUUCGUAUUGAAUAUGGUGGCCUUAUUCGUCUUGAAUAUGUUGGCAAGAGUAUUACACUGUAUAUAUGUUCCACUAUGUAGAGUCAGUAUAUUUCUGUUGAACAACUAUUUGAAUUUUCUUUUAAACUACUGCAAAGACUUAAUUUCCUUCAGACAAUUUGGCAAACUGUUCCAUAUCUUACUGAGAAACGUCUAUAAUUAGUUCUUUCAUACUUAAUGUGUACUUUGUUAGCGGAACUUGUAUUAGUAUAGGUAAUAGCAUGAUCUGUAGUGAUAUUUGGCAUAAAUACCACAAGUGAUAUUUCAUUUAACAAUAUGCAUUAAAGUGCUCGGCAGUCCGCUCACUUUAAACUCUGUUAAAACUUUAUAGUGCUCACCAUAAAUACGCUUUAUAGUGCAUGUUUAGUACGAUAAUAAACAAAUAUGAACUACCCAUAUUAGAUUUGUAAUUUUCACACGUAGGUAUUUCAAAUUAAGCUGAAAUACCACUGCUCUAAGCCAAUCAAAUUGCAGAAAUUUCUCAUGUAGUAGUAUAAUAGGAAUGAAUAAUUAUUAUUCUCCGAAAGGUAAUCUGAAUAAGAUGGCGGCAAUUGUCCUCUAAAGAAAGAAUACAUGAAUAGUGCCAAUAGAUAAGAGUUUAACUCAUAUAUUGUUAGUAAAUUUUAAAAAAAGGCAUACAAGCCUUGUUUCCUGUGUAGAGAAAUCAUGGAAAUUGCGAUAUUUUCCUCGAGCCAGGGACUAGUUAUUCGCCCUAUAUGUAAGGUAAUCCGGAUUCUGGAAUCUGUGAAUUUUUUGUUUGUGAAAUCCGUAAUCCUGGGUCCAGUUAUUCGAAGGCCGAUUAGCGCUAACCCGCGGUUAAAUUUUAAUCCGGGCUUCUUUCAUUUUCUUCUGUUCAAAAGCAUCUUCUCGGAUAAAUUUCCUUACUACUUUUAGAGUAUACAAUCAUAAACUUAAAUCACUUAUAGCGCGGAAUCCAGAAUCCAAGACUGUCUUGGAUCAAUAUCUUACAUGGGGCGAAUGCUAUUAACAAAGUGAUUGAAAAACCCUGUAAUGUCGUCGAAACUCUAAAAUGAACUGCUAUGUCUUUUAUGAAGAGUGUAUUACGACAGCGAUAAAAUUUUAAGAUGAAAAUUGAGCGUGAACAGCCAGCGUCUCUAGUGUUUGGCACAUGUUACCUCCUCUAGAUGUGAUAUCCCCUCUCAGUUCUUCUAAAAAUGGCUUUGCCGCGAGGAUAUUGCUGUUAUAAGUCAAUCCUUUCUAAAUUCAUUACUUAGAGCCUUUACUUCAACACAAAACGCUCCUGUAGAGGUAGAGUGGUUUUCGUUUGAGUGUCGUAAAACCAAAACCAAAGUAAUUACUCUGGCCAAUCACAUAGGACACAGACAAUACAUUGAACCAAUCAAAACUCGAAGUAAUUACAUGUGGCUGAUGCAAAGCGCGGGAAAAUGCAUGCGAGCGCGUCACAAUUGGCUUUGGUUUUACUUCUGAUUGGAUGAAAAGGUGACGCGAAUCUUUUAAGCCAAUCGCAUCGUGUAGAAAGUGCAAAACCAAUUACUUUUCGACACUCAAAUGAAAACCGCUCUAUUAAUCAAACAGAUUUCAUCAGGGAGCACUAACCAUAAUAGUAUUUUGAUGAUUUUUGCUGGCACAGUUUUAAGCAACUUUUUUCAAAUUUCAAUCCACGUCUAUCCUUGCCAUCUGUUUUAACUGACGAAAGGAAACAGUUUCAAUGUCUAAAUACAUGUAUAUUCUUAAAGAACAAAGCAGCACCAUUAUUUUUUAAAUUCAAUUGAUGCAAAAAACGUUUUAGCUUUAUAAAAAGAUAGCAGAUGGCGUGACAUAGCACAUGACGUGACAAUGCCCCUUUAAAAGCUUCAAUUUUAUGACGCUCUUUCAUUUACUAUUUGUUGUUUUGUCUUCACAGUGUUCUCGGUCGUGUCCACGCGUCUGUCGAGUGAAGGCAGUUGACGGGCGGUUUGAUCUACACUACAGUGAUUGUGACUGUGGGGUACAUUGCUAUUGUGUCUACAGUGAAACGCGGGGCAGCAAUUAUCUCUACAGAUGCACGCCAGUAUAA